ACCUGAUUUUCUUUGCCCAUCCAGGACUGGAGGGAGAAAUAAUCUACCGCCUUAUAUUUAGAAUUAUAAUAAAUCCUCGCGCAAAAUUCACCACUGAAACGUCAAAAACUACUUUUGGGGGGUGGGGGCGAAUCAUGAGUUUCGGUCCCUUGGAUGUACAGUCCUCCCGUUUUCAAAACCACCAGGACGCGGAAUUAAACUGAACACUACCAAAUAUUCGGAGUCGGAACCAACCGCCGAGCGGGUUGGCAAACGAGAACUGUCGGCGAACUCACCCAGUUUCCCUCCAGAGCCCAUUCGAGGCUGCAGCCGCCGGUUUGUAAUGGUGCAGCCGCAAUCAGGCCUCGGGCGGGAAACCUCGUCCGUCGGCUGCUAGGCACUCAAACAAGAGAGAGGCGACAAAAAAAAAAGUCCGGCAGCGGCCCGGGUGAGGCGGGCGCGGGCGUUAUUUUUGAUGCCCUGGCUAAAGCGGCUGGAAAAAGCCCAAAAACCAGCCUGUUAUUGUUGUUGCUGCCUUUGUUUUCCAGCCGGCUCCUUCGGCCCCCUGCGCCACCGGGGUUUGGCCGAACGAUGUCCCGCAGCGGAGGGAAUUGGCGGAGCCCAUCUCUGCCCACCUGGGAGCUGACCUUCUACCUGACCAUCACCGUCGGAUGCCACUUAUACUCUUUCCAUGAGGUGUACAAAGUCUCCAGAAAUUAUGAAGAAGACCUCGAUGCUGAAUUUGGAUUUGAAAAUGGAUUCUUUAUUUGGGGUUUUAAGAAGGACCCAACAGACUUUGAAUGGAGCUUUUGGACAGAGUGGGUAAAGAAUUUGUUGAUGUGGACUCUGCUUGGUCACGUAAUCAUAUCACAAAUGACCAGUGCCUUUCUUCCGAAGUUUAGGAUGUGGAUGCUGAUGAUAUACGGGAUGUUGGCCUGCUUCUUUACAGUAGGCUGCAAAGGCCUGGUAGUAAUAAUGUUGCAUUUGUUCAUCUCCUACGCUGUGGCUAUGCUGCAAGUGCCUAUAUUGUCUUGGCUGUGUUCAAUUCUACUACUGUAUAGCUUACAAAUGGAUUCUCUUGGAAAAAUUCAGAAACGAUGGUAUGAGACAGAGAAUGAGUACUUCCUGCUUUUAUUCUGCUUGGCUCUUUGCAAUCUGCGUUACACAAGUUUUAGCCUGGAGUACUGCUGGUAUCGUGAUAGUCCUCAAAGGUGCUACGUAUCCUUCUGUUGGCUGCUAGCUUAUGUAUUCUACUACCCUGUAUUUCACAAUGGACCUAUCAUAUGCUAUGAUGACUUCAAUAAUCAGAUGUGUAAAGCAGAGACAUUUGUCCCCAAAACAAAUCUCUUAUGUUUGUUGCUAAGUGGAAUGCGCAUUUUUUUCUGGUGGUGGCUGACAGAGUCCAUGCUUCAACUGAUGUACAUUCAUGCAAUUCAGCAGCAAGAAACAAUAUUGGAAUCUGCCUCCUACUGGACUUUAGGUGGCCUUGGCUUUGCUCAUGCACUGUUUUUCUACUUGAAAUACCUGCUGCUUUACAGCAUUCCAUCAAUUAUCAUGUGUCUGGAUGGUAUUGAACCACCAAAAUUGCCAAGAUGUACCAGCAGUUUGUACAGUUUUACAGCAACAUGGAGGGAGUUUGAUGUUGGAUUACACCGUUGGCUGUUGAGGUACAUUUAUAUUCCAUUGGGAGGGUCUAGGCAUGGUGUGCUAAGGAUCAUGUUCUCUUCUGCCAUGGCCUUUAGCUUUGUCUGCUACUGGCAUGGUGGCCAUAAUUUCAUGCUAAAGUGGGCAGCUUUGAACUGGACUGGAGUAAUGGUAGAAAACAUUUUGAAGAUGGUGUGUUCCACUUCACCUACUCAGGAGAUCAUUGAAAGAUGCUUGUCAGCCAAGAUGCAGCGUCGGGCUCAUGCUGCCUUAGCGGGUGUUGCCACAACUCUGCUCAUUUUAUCCAACUUGGUGUUUCUCUGUGGGGAUCAAGUAGGAAAGAUCUACUGGAACAGAACAUUUGUGCAAGCAGGCAGGAUUGGAGUGGCCAGAAGUCAGCAGAUGUAUGGUGCUUCCAACCUAGAGACAGUGCACCAAGUGGAUCUAGGAUCACAGGAGCUUAAUGACAGGUUGGCCAUGGAUACCUAUAGCGGUUCUGGCAUAUUUCUACUGCUAUGCCCAAGUAGGAAUUGAAUAUGACCGAAUCAAAAAUUAAAUCUUCUGUCAAUCAUGCUACUUUUUCUUAUUAGAAUAAAAUAUUAGGCCUAAAAA